AUGAAUUACGCAUGUAAUAAUACAAUCAAAGGAUUCCCAGGUCCAAAAGCAUAUUCAAUUAUCGGAAACGCUCAUCUGUUUAUUGAUAUAACUAACCAAUUUCUGAAGAUUAGUAUGAAUUAUCAAUCAUUAUGGCGUGUAUGGUUAGGUAUAAAAUUACUUAUAAUGGUCGACGAACAAAAAAAAAUCGAAAGAGUACAUAACAUAGUACAGAUGUUAUUGAAAAGAGACAGGAAUAUGAACAUUUUAAACCUACUAUGGGCAAUGGUUUGUUCUCUGUUCAAAGUGAAUUAUGCAUCUUUGAUUACAAAGAAAGAAAUAUACGAGGAACUGAAUCAAAUUUACGGCUCGAGCGAUCCGAAAUAUGUUCCAAUAAUACAUGAUGAUAUUAAAAAUAUGAAUAUUUUGAACCAAGUGAUCAAGAAAAUGUUACGGCUUUUUCCAAUAGGCCCAAUCAUCGGUCCUAAAGCAACGAAGGUGGAAGAAAAUUGGACGAUACCAAAAAGAAGUUCUGUCAUAUUUUGGACCUACAAAAUUCAUUGGAAUCAGAAAUAUUGGAACAAAUCAUUGAAAUUCGAUUCAGAUGGGUUUCUAUCCUGCAAUGUUCAUUCUUACAAUUUUUUACGAUUCGGCAUUGGAGCUAGAAAUUACAUUGGUAAUUCUAUAUUUUUCCAGAUUAUUGAAAUCAAAUUCCAAAAAGUUACACAACAACAUGUAUUUACAAUUGUUUUCACUUUUUUAGGUCAAAUGAAGGUAUCAAAUGUUUCUCAAUAA